AUGCUUCGCGAGGAGGCACGAGAGAGAAAGACGAGGCGAAAUGGAGGUCUUGAUAUGGAGGAGGAUCGAGUCGGGACACCAGCCGUUCUCUGCGUGGGGACGACAGCGCCUAAGCGGUCAAAACGGCGUCCCUCGGAGGCCUGUCGCGCACCUUAUCGUUGGUCCGUCCGCCCACGAAGCUGUAUGCUGUCUUGGCUUCUUCUCCACGUCCUUCUCUCUCUCCUUUUCUCUCCACUGACCUCCUCUUGUCUAUCCCCCGUUCGAACGCCUGACGCCCGUUUUCCUCAAGCCUCGAAAGGUCGAAGGAAUUCUUCCCUCUCUUCUCUGUCGGCUCACCGUUCCUACCGCAACCGGCUUUCUCCGUCUGCCGCUCUCUCUUCGUUUGUCUCUCGUUCUCCCUCUUCGCAUUCCAAGGCCGUGUUUCUCCCCACAAACAAAACCGCGCCUUUCGGUCCUCUCGCCACUACGUUUCAUCCCUCCUUUCUCUCCAGCGCCUUCCUUUCCCGCGCCUUGUGCUUCGCCUGCGCUCCCCAGGCCGUUUCCGUUCCCUCUCCAUCCGCAAAUUGCUCCGGCGCGGUUUCCGCUUCGCCUUCCACUGCGGCGGCUCUUCCUCGUGUUUUCCGGUCGCUCUCAUCUCGCGUGUUUUCUCUCGCGUACCCGAGCUUUCUCAAGGAGCCAUAUACAUGCAGCGCCUCGCGCCUCUUGAGGCAGCGGGCACGCGAACGACGCGUCAGCCUGCUGGAGUCUCUCGCCUCGCAGGCGCGACUGUUGCGUCUCCACGCGCAGGCCGGCAAACGGCGAAUUCCCGGGCUCGGCACAAUUCAAACUGACAACGCAAACACCAGGGAAGGGAGCGAGACGAAAAAGAGCGAAACGACUAAGCAGACGGGGAAGGCGGAGAAGACGAACCACACGAGGGACACAACGAAGGACAAGGGCACCGGAUUGCGCAUUUCCACGGAGAAGCCGGGCGUUUUUUGCGAAAAGGCAAUUGAAGGAGCGGGGAAUCUUGGAAGGCGCGCUGCAAAGGCGAGCGAGGAGAGAGAGGGGAGAGACCGACUUGGAGGCGAAGGAACUGAGGAAGACGGGAAGACAACAGGAAAGGCAAGUGCUGGUGCUAGGCGAGCCAACCCAAGACACCGCGCAGCGACGAAGCGAGACGCGAGACGAGCCGGACAAAGGCAACGGAGUGCGGCAGAGAUAACAGCAAGAAGCAAGACACACACGGCAGCUCGGACACGCGCCACGGCGCGGUUGAAACCAGAGGGUAAAGGUGGAAAGGACGAUAUAAGGCGGAAGGCGAGAAACGCGGGGGGAACCGUCAGGAACGAGACGCACGGAAUCAAGGGGGGCUGGAAUUCCGAGGAACGCGAGGCGAGAGCGGGGCAGAAAGUCCAUCUGGUUCUUGUCGAGUCUCCCGCGAAGGCGCAAACGAUCGCAAAAUUCCUGCAGGAGGAGGAAGCGAUUUUCGUCGUCCGAGCGACGCGUGGCCAUGUACGCCAAUUGGAGCGCAGAGCCGGCGCUGUCCUGGUCCGCGACGGCGACGUGUCCUUUGCCUGGCAACCGAUUGGGGGCCGAGCGUCGCCGUCAGUCUCUUCGGCGAUUUCGGCGGCUUCGCGAGACGCCCAAAAAGCGCCGACAGACGCUGGGAACGCUCAAGGCGACUCGGCUGCGAAAACGCGGAAACGACGGAAAGGCGACUUGGCGUUGCGGGCGGAGACGCUCGAGGAAGAGGCUUCCUUUCUGCUGAGAAGCGUCAAAGACGUUAUAAGCGAAUUCAGGUGUAUCGACACUCUGUUCAUCUGCACGGACCCCGAUCGCGAGGGCGAAGCGAUUGCGUGGCACAUCUACGCCUCGCUCAAACGCCAAGCGGAGCAAACAAAGCUGCCGGCAGACUCUCCCAGUCCCCUCCCCGACGCUCCGCCAUCUGUCUCGUCUUCAAUCUCCUCUGCCUCUUCUCUUCUUUCGUGCAUUAAAGCGAUACGGCGUGUGCGCCUCCACGAGUUGACUCCGGCUGCUGUCCGCCAAACCCUUUCGUCGCGGGAGGAAGGCGAAGACGCUCGACAAAGCGGAGAGGACAACAACGCCAAAGGCGCGAAAGAAGAGGGCGAUGAGGAGGCGGAAGAGAAGAAGAGCACAGGGAUCCGUCAAGGCGCGACGCCCUCCCUGGAAGGCCUGAAUGAAAAUCUCGUCCACGCGUACCUUGCGCGACUCGCCAUCGAUUUUCUGGCUGGUUUCUCGCUGUCGCCGCUCCUGUGGAGAAAGCUGCCGGGGAGCAAGAGUGCAGGGCGAGUGCAGUCGGCGGCGCUGAAACUCCUCGCCGAUCGCGAGGCCGCAAUUGAAGCCUUCCAACCUCGCUCCCUCGCCUCCGUGCAUGCGCUCGUGUGCCUCGGUCGUCCGUCGCCUGGAAGAUCUGGGAGGACUGACACGUACUCGGGACACGAACAAACGCGAGACGACAGACGCGAUGCUGGCGACGAGGGUGAAGAAGCAAGAGAAGAAGAAGGCAAUGAAGGAGAAGGGGAAGGCAAUGACGAAGAAGGGGAAGGCCGGGGAUGUUCAGCGAGAGCAGCGCGGAAGGCCGGCAGCUCUCAGGGGGACAACGGUCCGCAGCAAGUCGCAGUGCAUCUGAAACUCACCGUUUUCAAGGGAAAACCCUUCGCAGCCUCGCCGUCACCGACUACCGCUUCAUCCUCUUUCGUCGCCUCCUUCGAGCCUGCCUCUGAAGCUUCACAGGCGGCCCCUCCGCAGUUUGUUGCGGAAGCGGAGGAGACGGCAGGAGAGGCGACAGGAAACAGCCCGCGCGAAGCGAGUUGCAUGCAGGGAGGGGACAGUCGCGAAGCAGAAGCUGGGGAAACGGGGCAAGCGGAACGCCCGGAGUCAACCGCUGAGGUGGAUGUGGAUCGUGCGAGAGAUGACAACGAACGACAGGAGGACGCCGAGAACGCAGGGGACGCCGAAGCGGUUUUAGAGGAACUGAUGCGCAUGCGAUUUGAUCGCCUGGAUCUCGUUGUCUCUUCCUCGGACCUGAAGCCUCCAAGUCCCUUCCGCACCGCCACCCUCCAGCAGGCAGCUUCUCGCCUUCUUGGCUUCUCUCCCGCGACGACGAUGCGACUCGCCCAGGCUCUCUACGAAGGUGUGAGCGACCUCGGAGGCCUUAUCACGUACAUGCGCACAGACAGCUCGAGCCUCUCGUCUUCGACUCGCGCGGACAUCCGUUCGUUUAUCGCUUCUUCUUUCUCGCCUUCAUUGCUCGGCAACGAGGAAGAAGAGGAACAUGGCUCAGAGAAGCAGGCGAAAGGCGCGAGAAGGAAAACGCGGGAGACUCCGCUGUUUGCGCAAGAAGCGCACGAAGCCAUCCGACCUACGAAUAUCGAGCUGAACCCCGAGGCCCUCCGCCGGCGCCUCGCGGCCGGCCUGCCUCCUCAACAGCGCCCCACGGCCGCGCCCGCAAGGGACAGCGCUGGAGCUCCUGACGCGGGAAAGCAGCCGCCAGAGUCGGAGGAGAACGAAGGUGAGGCAACGAUAAACGCGAAAAGCGAGAGUCUGAGCAACGCACACGUCGCUCUCUACGAGCUCAUUUGGAGACGCACCGUCGCGUCUCAGAUGGCUUCGGCCCGGCGACAGUCCCUCAGGAUCUCGCUGGUCUCUGGCCCCCCUCGCGAGGCAAGCGCGAGCAACGAAACCGCAGAGGCUCAGAGCAGCAGCGGACGUAGGAGGAGCAAGCGCGGGGUGCACACGGAGACUGAGUCUGACGACGGGGCGAAGGAAGAUGCGACUCGCAAGGAGAGACGCCGAGAAAGGCCCGAGGGUGAAGGAAACAGCGAGACGCGCUUCGAAGCCGAAAUAUGCCGGACGGUCUUCAACGGAUUUCUGGACGUGUAUGCAUUUGCGCCGUCGGCACGCGACCGCGCAGAGAGGGAUUCCGAGGACGAGGACGACGAAGCAGAAGACGAAGACGCAGCGCGAAGCGAGCCAUCCUUGCCUUCUUCGACGGCCGACGUCUUCUCUUUCUUCGACGCGUACAGCCCCGUGUCUUCGCGCCUGAAUCUCCGCGGAUUCCGAGCGCCUUCUCGGGCGGCGAUCACUGUGCCUCUUUCACCUUCCCUGUUUUGUCAUUCCUCGUCCUCGACCUCUUCCUCGUCUCCGUCCGCUUCUCCAUCGCCUUCCUCCGAGGCCUCGCUGGCCUCCCUUCCAACCCCGUGGUCUCCUACCUCUCCAGUUGUAUCAUCUUCUCUUCCUUCUUCUCUCGCUUCUGCUGGUCUGCCGUUUAGCUCUUCUUUGCAGUUUUAUGUUUCCCGGAAGUGCACGCGGCCUCCGCCGCGUUACUCGGAAGCGUCGUUAAUUAACACCCUCGAGAGGCUGGGCAUCGGCAGGCCCUCAACGUACGCCUCUGUGCUCGCCUCGCUCUCUGAUCGCUGCUAUGUCUACCCCACAGCCUCCGCUUGGAAGCGGGCACAGCACGGUGUCUCUGCCUCGUCUCUGGGACUUGCCUCGGCCGGUUCUGCAUCUGCCUCGCGCUCUCCAGUCGGCACUGCUGCGAGGCAGGCGGCUCGCCCAAGACGCCGGAGCCUCCUCGCCCCGUCGCCCCGCGGCCGGCUCGUCGCUGCCUUCCUGGAGGCUUCCGUGCCUUCCUUCGUGAACGCAAACUUCACUGCAAAUCUGGAGGAAGCGCUCGACUCUGUGGCCGCCGGGAGCGACGACUGGGUCCGCGUCGUCCACGCCGUCUGGGAAGGUCUGAACGCGAAGAUUGCGGAGGCGGAGAAGACUCACCCGAAAGCCGUGAGGGACGCGCUGGAACAAACCUUGGCGCGGAUGAUCUUCGGCGAAGCGAGAGACAGAGAGGAGACCGGGGCGACAGACGGCGAACGCAACAAAGAGGGCGAGCCAAAGGACCGGGACGAAGACGGUGGGGAGCCGAGACGCGAAGACGAGACACAAGGAAGUCCCGAGGAAGGCGGACACAGGGACAGCGAGGUGACGAAGCCUCGAGCCGGAACCGAGGGCGAUGGAGGAAACCCAAGCGACUCGAGCAACGAAGGAAACGCGAAGCGUGAAGCUCCAGUUGCACGUCAGAGCUGCCUAGAUAGCCCCAUGGUCGUCGCUUCUCUCCCUUCGCCUUCUGCCUCGUCGCCGUCUUCGACUUCGUCGUUGUCUCCUUCCCUUUCGUCGUCUGUCACUUCUUCUCCGUCUUCCUCCGCGUCUGCCGUUUCAUCUUUCGCUUCGCCUCGAUGUCCUUCAUGUGCCGAAGGGGUGUUGAAGCUGCGCAUUCACUCGCGCGGAAUCUUUGUCGGAUGCAGCGCGUACCCCAAGUGUACGUACACGCAGCAGGUGCCGCCUCCCCAGAAGCGGGAGAAGGACGAAACGAGCUUAGCUGCCGAAUCGUAG